UAACUGUCAGAAAUUUUUUUCCUACGUCUGUUUAUCGAUUUUGUGAUAACGCAUAAACUCAAGUCUUUUCAAAACGAAAACUGGGAUUGAAUGUAUUGUUAGCCUUUUUGCGGUUCGAAAUAGAGGCGGGCGAGUGUGCGAUAAGGAAAAAUAAUGAAUUUGGAUUUUGCAAAAUUGUGUGGCAAACACAGUGCCAUUUAUGAAGCCUACUAUAAGCAGAUGGACCCUAAAGGUGUGGGAAUAGAGGCUAUGGCUGCGGCAAAAUUUCUUAAAAAGUCUGGUCUUAGUGAUGUGGUCUUAAGUCGUGUAUGGGAUUUAUCUGAUCCAAAUGGCAAGGGAUUCUUAGAUAAGCCUGGAUUUUUUAUUGCAUUAAAGUUGGUUUCUUUGGCUCAGGCGGGUCAUGUAUACAAUAUGAAUAAUAUUUAUAUGGAUACAGAGAAACCACCAAAAGUGGGUGAUUUGCCAAAAAUUGUUCCACCACGCAUUCAAACAGCGCAAGUGGCUAGCACAGGAGACUGGUCUAUUAGUGUUAUUGAUCGUCUGAAAUAUGAGCAACUCUUUGAAUCGCUAAAGCCGGUCGCUGGUAUGCUGGCUGGAAACAAAGUGAAAGGUGUAUUAAUGGACUCUAAAUUACCAAUGGAAACUUUGGGCAAAAUAUGGGACUUGGCCGAUCAAGACAAAGACGGAAAUUUGGAUAAACACGAAUUUAUCGUGGCCAUGCAUUUAGUAUAUCAAACUUUGGAGAAACGUACGGUGCCUGAUGUGUUGCCCCCGGAACUACGUAAAACUGUGGGCAGCGGUCCACCACCUAAACCUGCACCACCAACAGUAUCUGCAAUGCCCAGAGCUCCGUCUGCCGAGGGAUUUGGUGAUGGUGGCUUUGUGGCUAAUUUUCCCAAAGAUAUUGCCCCACCACCGGCUAUGCCUCUACCAAUAACAAUACCACCAAUGACACGUGUUCCCCCGGUAGGCGGACCGGCUACCGUUGCUCCUUUGAUUUCCACAGAUCCUUUAAUACCUAUCGGUGCACCUCCAUCGGUUACCGCCAACGCCGACUGGGUGGUUACUCCAACUGACUUGAAACGUUUCGAAAUUAUGUUCCGUGAUUCAGAUCGGGAUAAAGACGGAUUAGUUUCUGGUCUUGAAGUAAAGAAUAUUUUUUUACAAUCAGGUGUUCCCCAGAAAAUGCUGGCGCAUAUUUGGGCACUUUGUGACACCAAUCAGUCGGGUAAAUUAACUUUAGAGCAAUUUGCUUUGGCUAUGUGGUUAGUGGAGCGUAAACAGAAAGGUAUAGAUCCACCACAAGUGUUGACAGCCAAUAUGGUGCCACCGUCCAUGCGUGCUAUAGUAGCUGGUGUUGAUUUGCAGCCUCAGGAGCCUAAACCUACGUAUACUAACCCCGAAUUGGAGAUGAUAUCCAAAGAAAUUGAAGAGCUUGCUAAAGAACGACGGGCUUUAGAAACUGAAAUAGCGCAAAAAGAAGCUGAUAUACGCAUCAAAUCGGGAGAAGUACGAAGUUUACAAAGCGAAUUGGAUACUUUAUCAGCUACGUUAAAACAACUGGAGCAUCAGCGUGGCGAAGCUCAAAAACGUCUGGAUGAUCUUAAAACUCAGGUCAAUAAAAUACGUGACCAAUGUCAAAAACAAGAAGAAACAAUUAAUGAGCAAGAGGGUGAAUUAAACACUAAACGCUCCGAAUUGCAAAAACUUAAGGAUGAAGAGAACUCUUUGCAAAAAGAGUAUGACGAUAAUAAUCGCGAACUGCAAAAACUUACCAAUCACUUGCAAAAUACUCAACUGCAGAUAAGUUCAAUACGUUCUAUGGUUACUCAGCUACUGGAAACCCAACGGCAAAUGACUGAUGCCUUGCUUAUGUGUAAAGCGGCAAUUGAUGCUGAGAAUGCUGAACUUGUCUCCGAAUAUCAAUUGAAAAUUGAACCCGAUUUUGAUGAUGCCCGCAAAACUUUAGAAAAGGAAGUUGAAGAAAUCAAACCCGAUCCAUUUAAUGAGAAUGAGAGCGCAGAUAAAAAGAAUGGGAUUACAUCGAACGGUUUCGAUAAUGAUCCAUUUGCGGGUAACAUUACAAAUAAUACGGGAGUACGUGGUGGUUUCGAUGAGAGUUUCAACACGACCACUGGAUUUAGUAGUGGAUUUGAUGCGUUUGGUUCGGCAGGUGGAUUCGGCCAAGAGCAAAAAGAUCCUUUCGGCGGUGAUGCCUUCUCUAGUAAAACAAAUUCUGUCACGACAGAGCCCGGCAAAGAUAGCUUUGGUAGUGAUCCAUUUGCAGCUUUGCACGCUCCGACUGGCCAAGGUCAGGUGCUUAGUCCAAAUACACAAACUACGCAAAGCACUGUUACCACAAGUAAAUCGGGACCACCACCGAGGCCAGAAUCGCCUAGUCCAGCAUUACCACCUAAAAAAUCCAAGGUGCCUCCACCACGACCAGCUCCACCAAGGCCUUUACAGGCUCCUGCUCGUCCCGCUCAGCCAACCGCAGACGCUUUUGGUUCCAGCGGAGGUACAGGAGGCUUUGCUGAUUUUGCCGAUUUUGACAAUAAGUGAACAGCAUAAAUUUAAAGAGAACAGAUCACUCAUAAACAUUUAUAUAAAAUUAAUUAAACUUUGCAAUUGAUGCGAAAAGGGAAAAAGAACAAAAUAUCAAAAAUUCUUCUAAUAAAUUGCGUACAUUAACCCAUUAGUCCAUUAAAUUUCCUAAAGUAAUAAUAAUAAUAGUAACAUUAACAAUUAUGAAUGUUUUCUCUUGAUCUCUCGUUAGUCUUUAACAAUGAAUAGACACCACAGUCAUCAUAACAUAUAAUUAAAAAAAAAAAAGAAAGAAAAAAACACUAAAAAAACUAAAAAAACUUAAAAAAAAUUGGCAUAAAUUUAUGCAAACACAGGCUCAUGGAGAUGUUUCUUUAAGUUGUUUCAAAUUUUAUUGAAUUAUUAUUUAUUAACCUAACCAUGCAUUAUACGCUUAGAAUAACAAAUAUUUAGCUAACACAUUAACAUUUUUAUAAAUAUAUCUACUGAUGUGCUAAUGCGUUCUCUAGUGUAUUAAUAAAUACAGUAAAAACCUGAAAAAAAGUUCAUAUUAAAAUAUAUUUAAAGACAAAAUCAUAUUCGUUUCUCCUCAUCUAUCCUUGAGUACCUUUUAACUUGAAUUAACUAAAGAAAAAUUCGAAAGUGUUCUCUCCUGUUAAAUAUAUAAAUGUUGAGAAAUUCUAAAUACAUACAUAUUUGAUUUAAUAAUUUCAACAUAAGAAAAAAAACCACAACAACAAAGAAAACAUUAUUCGCCUUAGGGCGAACGAAUCGUAAUCGUUUUCAUACCCGCUGUCUCAGAUAAAUUUAUUGAAAGUGGUUCAAUACACUAACAAAUAUGCUGAUGGGUUUGACGGGGUUUGAUGCGAAUAAUGAUAUCAUGCCCGAGAGGUUUACUUGUCGCGUACCUGCGCAAAUCUCGAACAAUAUGGCAUGAAAUGUGGGCGUGUCGACAUCUCGCAAAAGUUCAAUAGGGUUUGAAAGUUUUUCUUUCUUUUUUUUUGAUGCACUUGGUAAGGAAUCGUGCCGCGCUCACUAUUAAAAAAAGUUUAUAGAAAUGGUUCAAUAUUUUAUAAUGUGUUCAUGACACACAAAAGACACACGCCUGAUUAUCUGUUCAAUAGAAAUGUAUGUAAUUAAGUAAGUGGGCUCAUUCAGACAGAUCCGAAUGGAAAUCACAUGUCGUGUAAAGAUUUUUGAGUGCUCAGGUUUACUGCCUACGGCUGUUGAAAGAUUAAGAUUCGCCGAUCAAUAUCUUUUUUUAUUUUUACAAUUUAUUAUAGAAUGGAUUAUGGUAAUUUUUUUAACAUUCAGACUUUAUGAUGUUAACGCGUUUGAUAUGCGGACACCAAGGGCCAAGGCUUUCUGUUAUAGCCGAGCAAAAGACAUAUAGACACACAAGACCGUAUACUAAUGGCGUUAAAGGCAACUAAAGCAAAGAUAAAUGAAAUAUCAUUCCAUCCUAUAGUAGUAGUGGGUAUGAAAAUCUUGUAUAUUAAUCAAGUAUAGGUACAUGAACGUGUCAGAUACUGAUAAUAUUAACGAAUUAAUCAAGAGAAUAUCUAAUCAAAAGACUCGAAAUGCGAUAAAAAUUAAAUCAAUGUUAAACUUUUAUAGUUAAAAUAUGUGUUUUUAAUUUUUUUUUUUUUUUUUUUAAUCAAAAUGUGUUCGUUGCUUACACACCCUAAAAAACUUGCCUUGAUUGGCCACUUGAAAAAAUGCUAGAACGAAACGGAAAGUUACGCUUGCCUUUGAACGACUUUCGAGUACUCUCCACCUGAACAUUCUAAAUAAGAACGAUCGCAUGAUUUUCAAUAGAGAGUAAAGAGUGGGAAAGAAUUUUUUUUAUAUUCACCAGUUACUUGUAUUGAAGUUAAGAAAUUUUUCAAUCAACUAUGCUUCUAUGCUAUGACUUCAAUUGACGGCAGUGAGAGGCAAAAUUUAAAAUUGAAUAUGUUUUUCGAGGCCAUAUUUUGAGAUCCUAAUCUGUCUAAUGUAGACAGACAUGGGUUUCGAUUAUGUUACCGAUGCUGAUUAAAAAUAUUUACCAAUAUUUUUUCUACAUCUUUUAAUUAUAUCAUGUACGCGUGCAGAUAUCGUACUAUUCUGCUUUUCUUUUUUUCAAGUUUUGAGUUAUUUUUGUUGCAAAUUUACGCAGAGUUUUUUAUAUAAUAGAAACUGAGCAAUAGGAAGUCCAUAUAUUUGAUAGCCCAUUAAAGUUUUAUAUGCUUCGUCAUGUUGCACACAUAGGAUAAAUUCCUUAAGUAACUUGUCA